GGGUUACAUUUGCUAUGUAUUUAUAGAACAGCCAAGUUUUUUCAAAAAAAAUUUAGAGCAAUUUUGGAAGAAGACGGACAUGGACUACAGCUUAGGAGCCUUGAAGCUUCUAUGCCGGCAGCUCAAAGACGCCCGCGGAACUCCGUCCCACCCCACCGCCAAUCUUGGCGGCAUUCUCUUCCAACGCGCCUGGCUUCAGGGGAUUUUGGUCUCCGUCGACAAGGAAAAUGGUAAAUUGAUUCUCGAUGACGCCACCGGCACCGUCGAGCUCUCCCUCUCUCGCGACUUCCUUCUCCGCCCUUGGAGUCUCGGUAUUUUCCCUACUACUUCCCCGUUCUCUUUUUUGCUGCUGCAUUUUGAGUUGGAUUCUCUCGCUUUCUUUUUUUGUUUUUGUUCAGGGAUGUAUGUGAUGGUUGUUGGCGCUUUUCUCUUUCGGACGAAUGAACUGCCCUUUAUUGUGGUCCACAAGAUUAUUGAUCUUUCAAAGUCUCCUAAUCGAGAGGCAAUGUGGUACCUUGAAGUCAUGGAAGCAUACAAAUUGUUCUAUGAACCUCUUGUCGAAGACUUUUUGUAACUUGUUUUGUCGACCUAAAAGGACAUAUAUACCUUCAAUGCGGAGAUGGAUAUGGAGAAAUCCUUGGAUUGGACCAAAAAUGUAGAAAUUCUUGGUGGGAAAAUUUGGUACAAAUGCACACAUCACAAAACUUGUAAAGAUUUUCAGAUUGUAGAUGGAUAUGGAGAAAUCCUUGGAUUGGACCAAAAAUGUAGAAAUUCUUGGUGGGAAAAUUUGGUACAAAUGCACACAUCACAAAACUUGUAAAGAUUUUCAGAUUGUAGAUGUUAUUUCAUUCAAAAGGGGAUGUUGUUUGCAUGCCAAAUACUUCUCUCUUUGGGAGCCUAUAAUUCAUGGUAUUCCUGUGGAGGCCUUACCAGGUAUUGUGGUAGGGAUAAAACCGUAGAUGUCAUAUGAUCGAUAUCGAACUCUUUGAUGUACAAAUAUAUAGACAUAUUGGUGGAUACUUUCAUUUUUGCUUUAUUCGAAGAUGUAUUUUAUUAGCCAAAUAACAAAGGGCUCGAUUCAAAACAUUGAAGUAUACCAUCCUUUACCUAUCC